AUGGAUAGCUAUCCUCAUGAAUUUAUUCUACAACAUGUACCUUUGAUGGUAGUAUUUGGUUUAGGUAUAGCGAAAGAUCUCGUUGAGCAAACCACUGUGUCUUCGCCUGCCUCUUCCAAGUCAACGCAUUCACGGCAAAGUUCUACAAGUAACAACUCGGCUUUUGCUUUAACGAGACAGCAAAUAGCAAAGAAUUUGCUUACUCAACUAACGGCAAAAAGUCAGGCUGGAGUUUGGGAGUUUGGGAAGAACACUGGCACCAUGUUUCACGUAGUGGCAGUAGACAAAAAUUAUCAAUUUCCUCCUCGAAAGCCUAUGGUGCGAUCCCCACAACCUUCACACCACUCAACCACGACUAUUCCACAUUCACCUCUUUCACCUCUUACACCGGGCUCGCCUGUUUUUCCUGAUGGUUUAAUUCCUCCAGCAUGGGUUCGCAAACAUCGUGAAAUGUUACCAAGUGUAGUAGUGGGAUUUUAUGAUUUGUGGCAUCGAUCUAUGGGUGGGUCAAUAAAAGAAAAAGAUGAAUCUAUGACAUCUCCAGAACUAUUUGGAUCGAUUGAACCCAUCGAAAAAGAGAAAGAUGGAAUUUUGGCAUUGGAAAUAAAUGAAAAGAGGAAAUCUCUCUAUGAAAGAGGCAUUAGAUUUGCUGCCGUAAUAUUACUCAAGGCGCAACACUCAGAGGAUCCAUUAACCGAAGAAAGAUUAGGAUAUAUUCGAAAAGCAAGUGGCCUAGAUGCAAGAAAUUGCUUUUUUGCUCUUACACCGGAUAGAGAUAUUACAGAGUUCGUGACAACUAUUAACGAGCUUGUAAAUAUGAUAAGCUUGCAAAAAGGUCUCUAUGAACAUAGCUUGAAUUAUUAUCGUGAGCACGGUAAACGAGUUAAAAGAAAACGAACUAGAUUACCUUCUCCUGCCACUGCUGGUUACAUUCGUCCGUCUUCUGAUUACCAUUCAUCAGCACCUGCUCCUUUAAGUAUUCAAGGAUGGAUGUUUCGUUAUGAUUACAAAAUGGCUACCUUUGCUGAGUUUCGGCAAGAAAUAGACGCAUCAAUACAUUAUUAUGAGUCAGCUUACACCCUUCUUGUAGACUUUUUUGCACCACAGUCAGCAAUUACACCUGGAGCUCCUGGUUUACCAAUACGUAGUAAACGAUGGUUAAACAGACACAUUACAACUUUUAAGCGAUUGUGCAAUACUUUGGAAAUUGGUGAUGAUACUUUUGAAUAUUGGUCGUGGUUAUCAAAGCAAUAUCGAGUUUUUGGCGAUGUGUUGGAAAUAGCUACUAGAUCUGGAUUUAUAAUACCCGAUCCAACUACAAUAUUUCAUACUACGUCAUCAGCGGACUAUCGAUUUGGUGGCGCAUCAAAUAGUCCUAUGGCAGGUUCUGGUGUUAAUCCAACAAUGGUUCUUCAGCACCCCGGGUUUUAUUAUCAUUCUGCUGCGCAGUGUAACUCUGUGAGGAGAAAAAAGUUUUUGGCUGUUGAAAAGAUAAUACAAGCAAGUGGUGAUGCUUUGAAGUUUCCAUCAUCCGUCCUUGAAGCAGAAAGAAAUAUUGAUCAUUCAACACUGACAAUAGAAUUACUUACAAAGAGUUAUGAGCAAUUCAAAAAACAGAAGGCAGGGCGUAUGACACUCUACUUGGCUUCUGAAAUUGCUGGAACCUAUUUUGAAGCAAGAAAAUACGAUAUGGCAUUAAAAUUUUUUGAACGUAUAGCCAAAACAUACCGCAAAGAAGAUUGGCACACGAUUCUUGAAUCAAUUUUGAAUUGGUCUCUGAAAUGUGCAAAAGAAUCUGGAACCUGGGACAAUGUUGUUGAAUAUUUAAUUGAGCUUUUGUCUGACAAAUUUCAUAUGAGUGAACAAAAAAGGAUAGAAAUUCAAAACAAAUUGAUGAACAUAAUAUUUAAGGUAAAUUUAACUUGUUAUGUACAAUUUAAAGAGCCUUCAACAUUUGUUGCAACUCCUACACCAUUUCAAAUUACUUUUAUAACACCAUUAGAUACACCACCAUUAGCUUUACAAUUUACAUAUUUACGACUAUCUUUUAACGACGCGAAUUUUAACCAUUACUUUACCCAUAACUCUAACGAUGAAUCCAAUGAUACAAAAUUACAAUGGAUAAAUUGUAAAGAAUGUCUACGAAAAGAAGUGAACGGUGAAGGCUAUGUAUGGGUCAAGAAUGUCGAUUUGACUUUUCGUAAAGGUUCAACAAAAAUUUUUGAAGGCCUUCUUGUUCCAAAAGAAAGUGGCGAUCUCCAACUUCAAGUUGUGACACUGGGAUUCUUAUCAGAAAAUUGGAAAAUCGAGCUCCGAUUUGAUGUAAAUACGUUACGAGAAGAACCCAUGAAGCGCAAAUGGUUGCAAUUUGAACCAAUUUCUGAUGGUGAACAAGUCAAAAACCCAUCUUUCAUGAAUAUCGAAGGAUCUGGUGACCGUGCUACGAUAAAGGUAACACAAAAACAAGCCAAGCUCGAUAUAAAGGUUAAUCACUCGGCACCUGCUUUAUUGGAUGAACACUAUCCAAUACAGCUCACCAUAUUAAAUUUAGAAUCUGAAGAUAUCAAAGCAAUGUUGAAUGCAGAACUUAUUUCAGAUUCCGAAGAAUCUGAAGAUGUUGUUUUUGAUACUAAUUUGAAUGUGACAAAUCAUCUGAAAGAUAUUGAUCUUGGAGUGAUUUCUUCAAAGGGAUCAUGUGUCAAAACCAUAUACAUUAUUGGAAAAAAAUUCACAAAUCUGCGGACUCUUCGCCUUACCGUAUUGUACUCAACUUCGUCUUUAAUACCUUCAACACCAACACCCAUCCAAAAUGGAAUUGAAAAGAAAGAAGAAUUCCGAAUACCGUUCAUAGCGCCUUUUUCUGUCGUUUUUAACAUUUCUCCUCAAGGAGAAGAAUUUGGUAAUAUACGAGAAACUUCAUCAUUGGAUCGAAUAGAACGGCAUUUUUUGGUUGCCAAAAUCACCAGCGUUGGACCGUGGGAUAUUUGUGUAUCUGGAAUAGAUUUAAUUUUGCUGGAUCAAGCAAACGCUCAAACGAAGAUUGAGAUUAUUUCAUCUUCAGUUGAAUUAGAUAGUGAAUCCUUAGAACAAGGUUAUAUAUUUAAUGUCAAUUACUUGUUGGAGUUGACAAUUUUGAAUGAUACAUCUUCAAACAAAAGUGUGGACAUAGGACUACUUGAUAUUCAAUGGAAGAGGAAUAAACGUUUUGGAGACAUUUCCGUUCCGUUUACAGAAACAACAAUGAUGGUGCCCCAGCUUGAAAGAUAUGAAUCAGAGCUAUCUGCUAUCUUAGAUAUACCGUCAAACCUUAUUGUUGGACAAAUUUUUACACUCACAUUUAAGAUCAUUAAUUGGGCAACUGCGCCGGUUCGAGUUCAUGUAACAGUUGAAGUCAAUGAUGCUUUUGUAUUUUCAGGAUAUAAACAAACAUAUUUCAUUGUAUCAUCGUUAUCAACGUAUUAUUUCAAAGCUAAUUGUUUUCCUUUAGCGCCUGGAAAAGUUAAAUUGCCAAGAGUAAAAAUGUUAAAAGCUGGAGAUAAUGGUGCUGCUGAGCAAGAAGUUUCUAUUACCGCACCUGGAUUUAAGGAACCUGUCGAAGAUGAAUGGUACAUGGUGUUUAUUAAACCUAAAAAAGAAAUAAAUAAAAUAAAUAAAUUAGUUCAGCACAAGUGA